AGUUUCAAUUCAAAGACAAUCCAUCUCGUCUCUACCCGUUAUGGGUAACAAUAGUCCAGAGGUAUCAAAUUGGAUGGGAGAAAGUACUGCUUUAUAUAAUAUGAAUCAAGGUUUAGCAGUAAGUGGAUUAUAUAUGUAUAUGUAUACAUAAACGAAUAUACUAAUGAUUAGAAAAAAAAAAAAGGCCUUGAAUUUAAAUUCAAAUUCAAACGUAAAUCUAUCAAAAUCAACUUCGCUUCCAAUAAUAGCAACUACAAGCAAUAUAACAUAUCCUCAACCACGCUUAUCCAUGAAUUCACCUGUUUUAAUGACAAAAGAGGAUGAUAUUCAAAAAGCACUUUAUAGAAAAGUAACAGAAAGAUUACAACACUAUAAUGUAUCUAUUUCAGGCGAUAUGGAUAAACUAUUAAUUCAGAAUCGACAGUUAAAUGAAGGGGAACUGUGUAUUGAGCAAGAGUUUAGAGCAUUAAAUGACAUUAAGGAUCGAUUAAAGUAUAAUAACUCAAUAUUGGAAAAGGGAUUAAAGGAAAUUGAUCCAAUUAUUGAAAGAGUCAAUUCUAUGCCUGAUGUACAAGUAGAUGAAACUAUAUGUGGAACGACUGUAGUUGCUAAUCAGUUAUUUGAAUUAGUAGCUGAUGAUAAUGCAAUUUCAGACACAGUGUAUUUCUUAGCUAAAGCGCUUAAUUCAGAAAGAAUUGAUUUAGCAACAUUUAUGAAGUAUACUCGAAUGUUAUCAAGGGAACAGUUUAUGAAGAGAGCAUUGAUAAAGAAGAUUACUCAAACAUGAAUAUAAUACUAAAAUAAACCAUUCUUCAUUUGAAUUGUUUAAAGUAUCUAUUCAUGUCAUUUAAUAUGAAUAGAAAACUUCCUUUCCUUUUUUUUACUAUAUACACACACUUUCCAAAAAAAAAAUAUAUACAUAUACUUCACUCAAUGAUAGUAGUUUUAUUGAUAAGGUUUCAUAACUACUAUUUAUUCCUCUUUAGCAUCUAAAUGUUUCAAUACUAAUUACAAAUCCCUAAUAAAUC